AAGACUUGGAAAUCGCACGACCCCGAUCAGUCCUCCACUUUCCUCUCCGGCGAGCCGCGAGUCUCAUCCAAGUGGGCCCAACCGACCGACCGACUAUGGCCGCCGCCGACAUCCGCCUCUCCAUCGCGCACCAGACCCGCUUCGCGCUCCGCCUCGCCGCCUUGCUCUCCUCCCCCGCCGCCGCCGCCGCACCCGCCGCCAACGCCGCCUUCUCCCCGCUCUCCCUCCACGUCGCGCUCAGCCUCCUCGCCGCCGGGGCCGGGGGCGCCACCCGCGACCAGCUCGCCGCCACCCUGGGAGGCGACGGGCCAGGCGCCGCCGAGGGCCUCCACGCGCUCGCCGAGCAGGUGGUGCAGGUCGUGCUCGCUGACGGGUCCGCCGGCGGCGGCCCGCGCGUCGCCUUCGCCGACGGCGUCUUCGUAGACGCCUCGCUGAAGCUCAAGCCGGCCUUCGGGGAGGUCGCCGUGGGCAAGUACAGGGCCGAGACCCAAUCCGUCGACUUCCAGAAAAAGGCUGCUGAAGCUGCUGGUCAAGUGAACUCAUGGGUGGAAAAAAUCACAUCUGGUCUGAUCAAAGAGAUCCUCCCCCCAGGUUCAGUUGACCACACCACCAGGCUUGUUCUUGGUAAUGCGCUCUAUUUCAAAGGAGCUUGGACUCAGAAGUUUGAUGCUUCUAAAACCAAAGAUAGCGAGUUCCGCCUUCUUGAUGGGAGCUCAGUUCAAGCACCAUUCAUGUCCAGCACAGACAAGCAAUAUAUUGCGUCUUACAAUAACUUGAAGGUGCUUAAGCUUCCAUACCAGCAAGGUGGGGACAAGAGGCAGUUCUCCAUGUACAUUCUUCUUCCAGAAGCACAAGAUGGCAUCUGGAGCUUGGCUGAAAAGUUGAGCUCUGAACCAGAGUUCCUGGAGAAGCAUAUCCCAAUGAGAACAAUUCCGGUUGGGCAGUUCAAAGUUCCCAAGUUCAAGAUAUCCUUUGGAUUUGAAGCAUCCGAUUUGCUAAGUGGUUUGGGACUCCAUCUGCCACUGAGUUCAGAAGCAGAUCUGUCGGAGUUGGUUGAUCUGCCAAUGGGACAGAACUUGUGUGUUUCAUCCAUUUUUCACAAGUCGUUUGUGGAAGUUAACGAGGAAGGAACAGAGGCUGCAGCCGCAUCUGCUGUAGGGAUUAAGCGGCUUAUGCUCUGUCUGCCUGUGGAUUUUGUCGCAGAUCACCCAUUCCUGUUCCUGAUCCGAGAAGAUACCUCUGGUGUCGUGCUGUUUGUUGGCCAUGUGGUCAAUCCCCUACUUGCUCCGUAGUGUUUGUUCUGAAGUCUGAGGCGCUGCCUUGGGGUGAUUCCUUCCGGCGCCUCGUGUGUAAUCUACUAUAUAUUUUGUGUCUGAGUAAAUAAGCGGCUUGAUCGAUGUAUGUAAAGGUUGCGGGAUGAUAUAUUCGAUAAUUACUCUGCUAUAUAUGGUGCUUGGUCAUGAGAUGUGACAUGCUGCACUGUGCUUCUGGAUGAAGAGGAAAUGCUGAUAUGCAAUCUUGAUGA